CUGCUUCAAUUGCAAUCAACGAGCAACGAGCGAAUUGCAACGAGCAGGCGAAAAAUCACAAAAAGCGGAAAAUCACAACAAUCGUGGGUGCAAACGGAACGGAAACGGCGAGGCAACGGAAAGUGCCCGGAAAUCGGAUGGCCCGGCAGUGAAAGCCCGUAAACCAGAGGCGCACUUGGCGCGUUUCGAGGGGAAAGGCGCGUUAGCGUUGCGUUCUUUUCCAAACCAAUUCGAUUCCAAAACCAAAACCAAUCCAAUCCCCACACACACACACACGCACACAGCAACCCAUACACACAUAUAGUGAAACGAGUGAAAGUGCAUCUACAUCUGUGAUUUCGUAUAUAAUAAUGCGUCGCGCAUACGCGGAAUUGGCCAGCAGAAGCACCAAAGACUAGCAAGUGAUCCAAUCGCAAUCCCAAUCCGAUUUGGUCCGGUCCGGGGAUUGAGUUGGUCGGUUGGCCAACCCAACAGCCCCCCAACCCCCCGCCGAUCACGAUGGCCGAUCAGGUGGCGCACACCAAAGAAACGGAUGCGGAGGAGCCGCUGGUGAAUGGCGAACUGCCAUGUGAGGUGUCGCCCUCCUGCUGCCAUGUGAUGUCCGCCCUGGACGGGGAUAUGGAUGUGGAUGUGGAGGCCACAUCCUCCUCCUACUGCUCCGCCGAUGCUGCCGCCGCCGCCACCGCCACUUCCCAGCUGAAUCCGUCGCCACCGCCUGCUGUCCAGCAGCACGCGAAGCCGGCGCGGAGCAGCUCGCCGCCCUGCCAUCUCCUGGAGCGGCUCAACUUUCCCGAGGGCAACAUCAUCAACACGCUGCACACGAUCCUCGCCCUGCCGCCCUUCGAUCCCUACGCCCCCGCCCCCAAGGCGGAGACGGUCUACAAGGAGGUCGUCUCCCUGAUGCAGUGGAGCCAGCGGGAGGACAACGCCAUCGAGCUGGAGCUCAGCGACAAGCUGCUCCACGAGUGCGAGCACACGGGCGGCGGCGAUCCCAACGACGAGACGCGUUCAUAUUUGAUGGCCAUUGAGAACAUGCGUCUGUUCUCGGAGGAUCCAAAGAAUCCGCUGCGUGAUGCCGACGGGCAGCUGCGUGCAAUUACGCUAUAUUUCCAGAAUCUUGCCUUCAUAUUUGUGAAACACCGGAAGGAGGAGUUCUUCACGUUUUGUUCCUGCAAGGAAUGUCUCGAAUACCGCGAAACCAUCAUGGCUAUUAUGAUGGAUCAAUUUAAGGCUGCGCACAUGGUGGUCAUGUUGCUGGACGUACUGAUCAAAGCCUACAGUCCCAUGCUGAAAAACGAUGCUGCCUACAAUAAGUUUGAGAAGCUGCUUGAAUGCAACAAGGAGAUCUAUUGGAUUACAAGCGGCUACCUCUACGAUAAGAAUGCCGAAUAUCUUGAUUUUAUUGAUGAUACUGCGAUCUCCGAUAAUAUGAUAUUAGUGCUAUUCAGCGCCAUCUUGAUGGCCAACAAUCCCAUGCUGCUGCUACAAAUACUCGCCUAUAAUGUGGAAUGCAUUGUGAAGGCAUUCUCAGAGGGCAUGAUCGAAAUUGCCCAGAAUAUACAGGAGAACGAGAAAAUUUCCGCAGAAAGGAUGCUGACAUACAUUCUUGAUGGCUACUCCGAUCUGAAUUGCAUCUCGCAGAAGAUCUCCCUCAGCCUGUUUGCGUUUGAGAACGACUUUCUGCGCAAGUUCAAGCUUUCGUGGGUGCUGCUGUGCCAGCGUCUGUUCCAGCAGCACGUGUUCACGCCCCUGGGGGACACCAUGCUGGCCUGCAUCCUGUCGCUGAAGGAGGCGGCCCCGUCGGCCCAGACGACGGCGCUGAUCAAGCGGUACAUGCUGUUCGACGAACACAUGCACUCCAUCGAGCGCCGCUGGACAGACAUCUGGAUCGAGCUGAACAAGUUUAACUUGUCGCCCACGGAGCACGAGCGCCGGAUGGGCCUGCUGGAUGUGUACAACAUAUUCGACAAGGUCGUCCUGGACGCCACCUCGUUCUCGCUGCCGGACAUCAGCGACGAUGAGUUCAUCGACUUCCAGCGCAUCGUGGAUCGCCAGCUGGCCUGGAAGAACAUCAUGGCCUUCACGAAGCUGAAGUGGCCGGACGGCUUCUACGAUCCGCCCAAUAAGCUGGUGCACGAGGAUCUCUGCAAGAAGUGCAAUUCAUUGCUCGAGCACCAUAACGAGGACUGUAAAUGCAUCACUUGCUCCAUCGCCGGAACUCCAUUGCGACCGCGGCAAGCGGGCCAUUGUGCCAAGUGCACAACGCUCGGCAUUGUCGAGAAGGAUCCGAAGCUGAUGAAGUCCAAGAUCCUCAGCACCUGCACCAGCGACGAGGCUAAGCACAAUGCGGCUACGGCGGCAAUGGCGAUGACGGCCAGUACGAGCUCCUCGGCCGCCCACCAGCAGCAGCGUCGCACCAGCGAUCUCCCGGAGGAUGAGUCACCAACCGGAAGCGGCGGCAGCAGCAACAGCGGAUCGGUGUUCCGGCGGCAGGCGGAGCCGACGGACACCCUGCGCACCACAUAUCACAUCGCAUGGGCGGUGUUCCAGCACCUGACCACCAGGAAGCGCUACCGCCACGACUCGAUCGAGGCGCAGUUCUUCUGCGGCGAGAACUGUCGGGUAUCCGCCUGCCAGCUGGCCAGGAAGAUCCUGGCCAACCAGCUGUCGCCGCCGCUGACCAAGUAUCUGCUGCGCUGCUUCCAGCCGCUGUCCUUCACGCGGGAGGAGCUGCGCUCCACGCUGCCCUCGCUGAUGUUCUUCAACCGGAAGCUGGCCCCCACUCCUGCCGAGCUGCAGGAGCUGAGGAACCAGCACUACGUGUACAAAACCUACUGGACUUUCGUCCUCUCCAUCUACGCCAACUUCUUUGUCAAGUUCAACUCCAGCAGCACGGAUUUCGACCACCUGGAGCUGCUCAAGGGGGAUCUGCGCCUGCGGCUGAACAGUGUUGUUGGCGACAAGGACGAUGGCCGGUUCGAGCAGUUUCUGGCCCAGGUUAUUGGAUAUUCACCUUUUAAAAUCACUGAUGAUUUUACGCUGGGUGAUGCCAACAUAGAAAAGAUGCAAUUUGGAGUGGAUCAGCUCAUGAUGUUGCAUGAUUCUCAGAUAAUAAAACGUACUAAGCCAGAUAGCACUACCGGCUUAUCGGGUGCCAAAUCCAAGGGAGGCGAUUCCAACUUGUCGCAAUCCGGUGGCCGCAAUGGCGAUGCGGGAGGCAGCAAGAAGAGCAAGGAGAAGAUGCGCAAAUGCUGUGCUGACUAUGCGGACAUUGGGGAGCCCUGCAAGGAGAAUCACUCAAAGAAACGCGUCAAAAAGGAGUGCAAUCAUGCGCGCUUCAACGAGACGCGGGAUCGACUGCGCAAGAAGCUCUCCCAGAUUGUCAACGAUCGCAAGACCAAGUCCACGGAGGAGGCCACGCCAUCAAAGGCCAAGUCCGCAGUGCCGGAGCCAGUUGUUGUGCCAGCGCCGGCAGCCAUCCCACCGAAGCGGCCGCCCAAGGCCGAAUCCCUGCCGCCCAACCAGCCACCCACCCUGAAAGAGUUCGCCUCGGCGGCGGCCGCAGCGGCAGCUUUCACCGAGAUUGGCGAGGCGUUGGAGCAGGAGGGCGCCAACAGUCUGCUGCGCCUGAACAGCCUCUGCAAGCGUCUCCAGAUGCACACGGAUACCACGGACGCCGGGGUGGCGGGAGCUGCCGCAGGAUCGGCCGCUGCGGUGGCCGCUUUCAAACGCGGCUUUCCGGCCGGCUUCAGCAAGGAGGGCAUGAUGCAGGACUUUGUCGCGUUCCUGGGCACCUACAGGCAGCAGGACAGCCAACAAGAUCAGCAGCGCUGGAUCAACGAGACGCUCAACUUCAUCGAGGGCAAGUCGCAGCAGCCGCAGACCUCCAACCCAAAGAAGGCGGCCAAGAAGGCCAAGCAGAAGAUGCGCAAGGAGGAGGAGAAGCGCAUCAAGGAGCUGGAGGAUUUGCGCGGCCACUUUCUAGACAUCUACUUCAAGGAGUUCAUCGACAAGUACGAGAUGAAGGCACUGACGGCCGCGGGCGGCCGAAAAAGAGAGAAGAAGCGCAUCGGAGAGCUGGAAGCGAACAUCAAAAACCUGCAGCGGGCCAAGGCGAAGGUGGAGACGGUAAUCCUCGAGCUCAUUGCCACCGUCAAGCAGUCGAACAGCGAGUUCAAGUUCUCCUACCUGCCCACCAAGCAGCAGCAGCUGGCCAAGAUGGCCCAGCUGGAGGAGAUCCUCAACGGGGGCUCGCCAAUGGUGGCCACUGCCGAAACUGCUGGCCCACCGCCACCUGUGCUGCAGUACCCCCAGUUCAGCAGCACCAGCAGCACCAGCAGCACCUCCUUCUAUUCAGCUACAGUUCCGGCUCCAGCUGCAGUUCUGGGUCAGCAGAACAUGCCCGUAUGUUUUGCCCCGCCCCAGCAGUCACAGCAUCCGCCGCAACUCUCACGGGAUGUGAUUGCCGCCAUGGCGACCAACUCCAUCACUGCCGAUCCCUCUAAGCGCAUUGUGACCAUACGCCGGGUGCAGCUGCCCCAUCCGGGCGCCGAGCAGCAGGUGACCGUGGUGGCCAAGGGCAGUGCUCCGCACGAGGACAAGCUGCUCUACACCUUUGUCAACGGGCACAUGGUGGCUUCGGCCCCGUCCCAGCCGGAAGAACCCACCCCUCCGCCCGUCGCAGCUCCGGCUUCAGCACCGGAAAAGAGCGCCAAGGCCAAGAAGAAAGAGGCUAAGCGAGCUGCAGCGGCAGCAGCAGCAGCAGCAGCAGCGGCGGCAGCAGCAGCGGCGGCAGCAGCAGCGGCGGCGGCGGAACAGGAGGCCAAGCUGAAGAGCAAGAAGCAGGCGAAGAAAACCGCUGUGGCGGUGGCCACCGCCUCCAGUUCCACCGCGAGCAGCAACUCCUCCAAGUCGCAGACGCCGCAGAGCACGCGCGAGAGCUCGGUGUGCAGUGUGAAGCCAAAGGCUGCACACAAGAAACCGGCUGCCAAGCCGUUGCCGCCCAAGGUUGUGGAGGUGGCGCCAGUGCCAGUGCCAGUGCCAGAGCCUGAUCCAGAGCCUCCCAAGAGGCAGAAGCGGCUCAAGUCGCGACUGGAUCCCGGCCAGCUGGACAACAAUCCCUUCAAGUCGCUGCACAUGCAAGAUUCGUCGGAGGGCGAGUGGGAAACAGGCAGCGAGUCCGAGGAUGGGGCAGAAGUGCCAGCACCACCGCCACAGCCCAUCAGACAGCAGCCCAACAAACUGCCAGCUGCUCCAGUGGCCAAGCCAGUUGCUCCUCCAGUGGUCACCAAACCGAAGCCAGCUGCUCCUGCUCCAGCUCCAGCUGCCGCGCCUGCCAAGAAGGUGAGGCAACAGGAGGCGCCGCAAAAGCAGCAGGCCUCGCAACCAGCGAAGGUUCAGGCCCAGGCAAGAGGCAAGGCCGCCACUCCCGCCGCUGGCAAGUCCAAUCCCCAACAGCAGCAGCAGCAGUCGUCGUAUCAGCAGGAGAAGGCGCCGCCUGCCAAGAGCCAGCCUCAGCGGCCAGCGGAAUCCGCGCGAAAGCAGAAGCAGACUCCUGGAAAUCCCGAAUCCAAUCGCAGUGCCCAGAGCCAGCCGCCUCAGCAGGCGCACCAGCAGUCGCGUGGUGGCCGGGGAAAUGGUCGGACGAAGCCCUCAACUGGUGGCCAACAGCAGCAGCAGCAGCAGCCGCAGGUUCAGCAGCACUCCAAUGCUCAUCCCGUCGAGGCAAGUGCUCCUUCGAAGAGAUCGCAGCGCGGCAAGCGCGGACAUCGCCAGAAGCAGGAGGAUCUCUCCGGCAUUCCACACAACAUGGGCUAUUUCAACCCCAACGAAGUGGCCAUACCUCCGCCGCAGACAGGCAGCUACGCCAGCACCCUGGCCCAGCAGAUGCAGCACCUGCGCAUCGGCCAGUCGGGCGGCAGUGGCAGCUCGAAGCAGCCAUCGCAGUCGCCCAACUGCAGCAUCAUGGACCAGCUGAACCGCGGCGUCCAAGUGGAGCAUCUCUCACUGCCGCCCGGCAUCACGCUCACCAAGGUGGACCCGGCCAAGAGCGAGCAGCUGCGCCAGAAGAGCGAGUCCAUCCGGCUGCUGUCCAAACCGCUUUCCGAGCACCAGCAGCAGCAUCAGCAGCAGCAUCAGCAGCAGCCGCAGCAGCAUCACUUCCAGCAGCAGUCGCACCUCCUGGCCGGCUAUUAUGGAGCAGCUGGGGCCGCGGGCAUGGAUCCCAAUGGCGUGAUCAUGGUGGAGGCCAAUCCGCGACCAAUUCGCAACAGCCAGGCUCCAGCGGCACCGCCAAAUGUGGCUGCAGCGGCAUCGGCGGCCAGUGCCAGUGGUAAGUCCUCGAGGCGACGGCGUCGCAAUCGUGGCAAGUCCGGUGGUGGUGGUGGAAGCGGCGGUAAUAAUGGCAGUUCCGGAGCGGCCAACAAGCAGCGAUCGGGCGGAGGAGCCUCAGGAUCGGGAGCAGGGGAUGGCCUUAAAACAACAUCCUCGCAAGCCGCUGCAGCCACCAUAGAAACCAAUGCCAGCGGCAACAUUAUCACGCUGCGUAAUCCCAUGUUCCACCAAGGCAACGGGCCAGUGGCCGGCGGUGGCAUGAUGCCACCGAAUCCCAAUCCAAUGCCGCCAGUGCGAAACUUUGGCACUGGUAUGCCAGUUGCUUCGCCAAUGCCCAUGGAUCAGCCUGCCGCCAUCAUUAAGAACGAGAACGGCAUGUUCACCAUACGCAAUCCGGCGCUGCAUCAGGCGGUUACGAAUGGCCUGGCCAUGGGCGGCUACCGGCAGUUUGGCGGCAACGUCAACUACUACACGCCCCAGGAAGCGGUGGCCGAGGCGGCACGGGCCACGCAGCAGAAGCAGCAACAGCAGCAGCAUCAGCAACAGGCCACUACAGCCACUGUUGGCCAGGUUAGCAGCGGCAGCGGUAGCAACAGCGGCAGCGGGAACACCAACAACUUCUCCUACUUCUCCAGUGGAGCGGCCAGCAGUGGCAGCAGCAAUGGCGGCAACGGGACGCACAACAAUAUCAGUAUUAGCUGCACCAACGUGCCACCUAGCAGCACCGAAAGUGGAGGCAACAGUCCCGGCCGACUGGUCGGCGAUGCGGCGGUGAUUGCCCGUCCCAAGCAGUCGCAGAAGUGUCUCUCGGCCAUCGGCAGCGAGCUGAAACAAAAGGCCAAGGACAGCAAAUGGCCGAGCUUUGGCCAGCAGCAUCAGCAGCAGCAGCCGUCGUCGGAGUACAAUUCUGGGCCAGGAACAGGCGGAGGCGUUCCGUUGCAGGAGAAGUACCAGCAGUCGAGCUACUACAACGGCUUCGAGGUGUUCUCAGCGGCAGCGGCAGCCGCUUCCCAGGCUCCUGGCGGCGGCGUCGGCGGAGGCAGCGGCGGCGGAUCGAGCGAAUGCCACAUGCACCACAACUGUGGCGACGACUCGCCGCCGCCCACCAUCACCGGUUUCAAUUCCUACCUGGAGGGCAUACCCAACACCGGGGUCAUUCGCUACGACGACGCCGCCUUCCUCAAGAACUUGAUACCGGGCCAGCAUCUCAACAACGAGGUCUCCAUACACAAUAUUUCGGAGUCCAACUUCACGCGCAACAACGCGUCGCCAUCGCCGCACCAUGUCGAGAUUACCAGCGUGUUUGGCAGCCGAGUGCGCUCCACGAACGCCUAUGAUCCACAACAGCAGCAGCAGCAGCAGCAGCAGGCGGGCGUCGGUCCAGGUGCCAACUACUGCGACAACGUGGCCGCCGACUACGGCAGUGAUUCCCACCUCUUUGUGCAGAACAAUCUGCUGACGCGAAUGCCGCAGCCGGCGGCUCCUCCGCCGGAUCCCUUUGGCUACGAUUUCGAUCCCUCGGUGGUGCCGGUGGGAGGAUCGAAGGCGGCCAGCGUGGCCAGCGACCUGAACGAAUUCCUGCGCCGCAGUCCGCUCAGCCAGCGAACCUCGCCGUACAGUCCGGACGAGAGUGCCGCCGCCCUGGAGACGUUCGUCCAGAACAUGAGUGCGCUGCAGAUCGCGAGCGAUGCCGAGCAGUGCUCGCGGCUCAACGGGACAGGAGGGCCGGGCGAUGCUCCCGCGGCGGAUGCCACCGCCGGAGGAGCCGCCAAUGCGGCCGCCGCCUGGUGGUGAGCCACAUGACAAGAGGCGAUGCUGCAUCUCCAUGGCCAGCAGAUCGAUGCGAAACUCCUCCCUCACAUUCAUCCCGCUCUCCACAAACGCAGACAUUUCAUCGAUAGGGCUGAAAAACGAUAUAUGAAAACCAGAAAAACAAAAAAAAACGAAACAUAAAAUUACAAAAAACAGAAAACAGAAAACGCAUCCAAGGAAUCAUUUAAAAUGGCUUAGGAGUCAAUUUCAAUGUUUCAACAAAAAAGAGAAAAAUAAAGAAAAAAUUAACUUAAAUGGAACUU